ACUGUCAGCUGAUCUUCACACAAUGUUUACUUCUGUUGGUUCAUGUUAUCACACACUCAUUGCUACAGUGCUAUAGGCUAUGUUGUUGCUCUCCAUCUUCUAGACUUCAGCUCCUUCUUGUGUAAGGGAACCUUUUCAGUUGACAGAAGGAAGGAUGAAGGCAGACCAGGAAGCUCCUCCCCCUCCCCUAGAUUGGAGGAUUUGGCGAUCCGGUGUCGGGAAGUGUGUCGGUCGUACGGGAAACUCAAAGUCCUGAGUAACCUCAACUUGACCGUACCACAGGGACACAUCUACGGCCUGCUGGGUCCGAGUGGGUGUGGGAAGACCACGCUGUUGAAAUGCAUUCUGGGAACCCUGAAGAUCUCCCGAGGGCACAUCAGCGUGUUGGGGAAGCCGCCCGCAUUUCCUGGUCACCAGGUCCCUGGGAGGAUGGUGGGGUACAUGCCACAGGACCUGGCGUUGUACAAUGAGUUUUCUAUCAGUGACACUCUGACGUUCUUCGGAAGGAUCCACGGCCUGUCAUCUACGGACACCCAGGCACGCAUGGACUUCCUGGUGGACUUCCUGGACCUACCUCACAACAGCAGCCUGGUUGGAAAACUCAGCGGAGGGCAGAAACGGAGGGUGUCUCUAGGAGCAGCCUUACUUCAAAACCCCCAGUUAUUGAUUCUGGAUGAACCCACAGUCGGGGUGGACCCUGUGCUGAGAGCCAAGAUCUGGCAGCAUCUAGUAGAGAUUGUGAAAACUGGAAAAGUAUCAGUCGUCAUCACCACUCACUACAUAGAGGAGGCCAGGCAAGCCAACGUGGUGGGUCUGAUGAGGAAUGGCCGAAUGUUGGCCGAGGGGGAACCAGAAACCUUGAUGAAACAGAACAGUGCUGCGACCCUGGAGAAAGCCUUCCUGCAGCUGUGUGAGACCUCAGACCAGGUGGGCUCCAAACACAGCACCUACCCUCAGGGUGGGGUACUAGAGAGCGGCCAAUCACUCGAAAGCGGCCGGGGCGAGAGUCUACCAAUGCUGGGAGUUGGGCCGGGACCAGUUGAAGAGCUGCCCAAAUACUCAGCGGACUGGAAGGUACGAGUCAGGCAUGUGAUGCCAAAGUGGAGGAACAUCGCAGCUCUGAUUAUCAAGACCACGGUGCGGAUGAAGAGAAUGCCAGGGUCCCUGUUUUUCCAGUUCCUUCUGCCAGUCAUGCAGAUCUCUCUGAUGUGUCUGUGUAUCGGAGGAGACCCCAAAGGAAUACAGGUGGCUGUGGUCAACAAUGAGACCUCCUCCAGUUCCUUCAGCCAAUCCCUGCUCUCCUUCCUGGACAACUCCAGCGUGCAACAGGUGAACCUGUCCCAUGCUGAGGCUUUUGCAGGGGCCUAUAAUGGAGAGUACUGGGCCGUCAUCGGGUUUGGAAAUAAUUUUACCAGCUACCUGACCAAGAGGAUGAUCCAGCGGCAGGUCUCUAAGGAGGUGGUGGAUGGAGGGUCGGUGCACGUCUGGUUGGACCUGACCAAUCGACAAAUCGCCUUAAUGCUUCAGAAAAAAAUUAAAGAUGCCUUUGAGGGUUUUAUCCAGUAUAAGAUGAGUAGCAGGUCUUACCUGCUCUCUCUUCCUGUCAAGUUUGAGGAGCCCAUCUAUGGCAGCAUGAACUCAGACUUCACCACGUUUGUGACGCCAGGAGCUGUUCUGAGCAUCACUUUCUACCUGGCAGUGGGCUUGACGGCUCUGUCCUUUGUGAUAGAGAGGAAGGAGGGGCUAAUGGAAAGGUGCUGGGUCUCAGGUGUGAGUUCAAUGGAGACCGUGCUGGCGUAUCUCAUCUCCCAGCUGAUUAUCAUCAGUGUCCAGAUAAUUCUACUACUGAUCUUAAUGCUGCUUGUCUUUAAGAUCCCUAAUGAGGGGAACCUGGUGUUGGUUAUAGCUCUGAUCGUGCUGCAGGGCAUAACAGGCACUUCCUUUGGUCUGGUCAUCUCAUCCGCCAUUGAUGACGAACAGAACGCCACCCAAGCUGCCCUUGGUAUCUUCUACCCCAACCUCAUCGUCAGUGGUAUAAUCUGGCCUGUGGAGUGCAUCCCCUAUCCACUACGUUACAUCAGUCUGGCCCUGCCCCAGACCUACGCUUCUGAAGCCCUACGAUGCAUCAUGUACAGAGGCUGGGGUCUCUCCAGGAUGAUAGUGUGGCGAGGCUUUGUUGUCACCCUGGGCUGGAACACUUUCUUCGUCAUCCUGGCCAUCGUCAUCCUCAAGCUGAGGAUGUGAGACACCUGCCCAGGGAAGAUGUGUGCUUAUGUAGUGUAUUUGAGUGUGUGAGGGUUUUGUGUGGGAGUGUCAAUGUAGUGUGUGUAAGUGAGUGUGUAUAUGGUGUGUGUAUAUAUAGUCUAGUGAGUGUGUAUAUGGUGUGUGUAUAUAGUCUAGUGAGUGUGUAUAUGGUGUGUGUAUAUAGUCUAGUGAGUGUGUAUAUAGUCUAGUGAGUGUGUGUAGGGUCAGUGCAGAUAGGGUAACUUUCCCCCUCAGUCACGUUAGUUUGGCUACUCAACCUAUCUAUUUGUCACUCACCAAACCAAUCAAAAUGCCUGAAAUGUGCAUCUGGACACUGCACCCGCCCACUCAGGUGUUAUGAGUGUAAUCACCGUCAGAAGAGUGAUCAUCGUCUGAGGACUGUUAUUAUGGACAAUAACAUGAAUGGGUGUGAUACGUUUACAGCAGGAUUCUACUGUCCUGCCGUUAUAAGUCUGUAAUAUUAGUGUGUUUUCCCGAUACAGCUUUGCAUAUUGUUGAUAGUUAAUUGCCAUUAUUGCAUUGGUUGCACAGGUGUUUUAUGUAGGAUUAUUUGUUGUACUGGUAACACAAGGCUGGAAUUGUUAAAAGUUAAGAAGGGUCUUUUUUGUCAAAGCAGCUGUUAGGGUCAGAGUUAUGCGUAGCCUCAUUAGACUGACUUUCAAAUGCACAACUAGGUUGCCUGGCAACUCAAGGUGAGUCAUUCCGCUGCUCGAUGUUCGCUACAUACUUCGUUGCGCAGAAGGAACUAACGUCCGUGGGCAUGGCGUAGCUUUUGGCCAGAGAAAGGAUUUUGGCCCAUAUGUCAGGUCUUUCUAGAAUGCCCUAUUACGAAAUAUUCAUUGUGAAAAUGUUUGGUCUCUUUCUCAGAGGUUUCUUUUAACUAAUAGUAUUAAAGAGGUUUAAUAUAAAUGAAUCCACAAGUGCUGCCCUACUAAACAUGAUCUUGAAGUUUAAAAAAAUACAUUGAUGUUUCUUGUACCUUCUGUAAUGAUCAACAUUACCUUCUGUAAUGACCAACAUUACCUUCUGUAAUGACCAACAUUACCUUCUGUAAUGACCAACAUUACCUUCUGUAAUGACCAACAUUACCUUCUGUAAUGACCAACAUUACCUUCUGUAAUGACCAACAUUACCUUCUGUAAUGACCAACAUUACCAACAUUACCUUCUGUAAUGACCAACAUUACCUUCUGUAAUGACCAACAUUACCAACAUGACGUUCUGUAAUAACCAACCUGACCUUCUGUAAUGACCGACAUUACCAACAUUACCUUCUGUAAUGACCGCCAUUACCUUCUGUGAUGACCAACAUGACCUUCUGCGAUGUCCAACAUUACCUUCUGUAAUGACCUACCUUCUGUAAUGACAAACCUUACCUUCUGUAAUGACCAACAUUACCUUCUGUGAUGAUCAACAUUACCUUCUGUAAUGACCAACAUUACCUUCUGUAAUGACCAACAUUACCUUCUGUAAUGACAACAUUACCUUCUGUAAUGACCAACAUUACCUUCUGUAAUGACCAACAUUACCUUCUGUAAUGACCAACAUUACCUUCUGUAAUGACCAACAUUACCUUCUGUAAUGACCAACAUUACCUUCUGUAAUGACCAACAUUACCUUCUGUAAUGACCAACAUUACCUUCUGUAAUGACCAACAUUACCUUCUGUAAUGACCAACAUUACCUUCUGUAAUGACCAACAUUACCUUCUGUAAUGACCAACAGGAGACUGCUUCACAUUUAGUUUGGUAUUGCUCUUAUACCAGGAAGCUGUGGCAAGAUAUCUGAAGAUUGUUUUUGAUCAUAAACAUUUUCCCUUUUACUUGAAAAUGUGAUAUUUGGUUUUAAAAGUAUAGCAAAUUAUUUCUUCUUAAAUCAACCUCAUUGGUAUUUUAUCUCAAUUCCAUAUUCAUAAAUGUAAAUGACAAAAACCUCUUUACUAUUUUUGGAAUGAAAUUGAACAAUAUAUAAAGAACAUUUCUUCUUCUGAUAACAAAAACAACCACACGGUUGAAUGUAGUGAUAAGGUGUUGACAUAAUGUAUGGGCUGCAUUACCCUGACUGUUGUUUCCAUGUUUAGAUACUCUGUUGUGUACUCUGUUUGCCUGUUUAUGUUUAGAUACUCUGUUGUGUACUCUGUUUAUGUUUAGAUACUCUGUUGUGUACUCUGUUUAUGUUUAGAUACUCUGUUGUGUACUCUGUUUAUGUUUAGAUACUCUGUUUGUUUUUCUAUAUUGGUAUUUUUUUAACAAUAAAAUUAAAAAGACAACAAGG